AGCACCAGUUGCUUUUCUCCAUCCGUGGGCGCGAUGUUUUCUACAGGACUUUUGGAUACCUCUCUGAAUAUCCACAGGCAGUUCAAACCGUGAGCUUUGCAUUGCUUUCGCGUUUUUCUUUCAACCUCUUGGACUAUAAUCGAUUUUUUUUUCUCCACUUUUUGUCUAAUGUGGAUGUUUACUUGCACAUCUAGUAUACAUUAUUGCAAAACAAAAAGCGGUCCUGUAUAUGAAAGAGAGCGAUGCUUAAACCUUUGCAGCUGAUGCGUUUUCCAUAAGUUUACAUUAUUCGGGAAAAACAAGACUUGGGCUCGAUUAUAAGUUUGGAUGUGAAGGCAAACGGAGGAACACAAUGGCGAGCGAUCUGAAGCCUCGGUUGUGCGUGAUGAAGAAAGAAGAGAACGGCUACGGCUUUCAUCUGCACGGCGAGAAAGGCAAAACCGGACAGUACAUACGGAAAGUGGAGCGCGCGUCCCCGGCCGAAGCGGCGGGGCUGCGCGCGGGUGACCGUGUGGUGGAGGUGAACGGCGUGAACGUGGAAAAAGAAACGCACCAUCAGGUGGUGCAGCGGAUCAAGGCUGUGGAACAUGAAACCAGACUGCUGGUGGUUGACCGAGAAGCGGACGAGUAUUUCCGCAGUUUACGUCUCGCGUGUAUGGAGGAGAUGGCCAUCAGAACGAGCCCUGCAGCCCCUUCACCCUCCACCAGUAAACAAGGCAAUGGAUCCGUGUCCAAACGCACCGAGAUAUCCAAACCCAUCAGGAAAGCUCCAUCACGGGCUACGAAGAAGGUUCAGCCAUCAUCAGACUCCUCACGCAGAGAUCCAUCUGAGCUUCUGCCGAGACUGUGUCUCCUCGUCCGGUCCGAGACGGGUUACGGCUUUAACCUGCACAGCGAGAGGUCAAGACCGGGUCAGUACAUGCGGGCCCUGGACCCCGGCUCACCCGCAGACCGCGCUGGACUCAAACCGCAGGACAGACUCAUAGAGGUAAAUGGUGUAAACAUUGAAGGUAUGAGACACGCUGAAGUUGUGGCCUUCAUCAAGAACGGAGGGAACGAGACGCGUUUGCUGGUGGUGGAUCCAGAUACAGACGAACAUUUUAAGAAGAUGGGCAUCACCCCCACCAGCAUUCAUGUCAAAGAUUUCGAUGAGUCCAUUACAAACGGCUCCUCGAGCCCUCACGUGAACGGCAUGUCCUCAAGGUCGACACACUCUGACACCAGCAGUCAAGACGUGAACACACAGAUCUCGAGGGACAGCAGCAGUCACACCCUCGACCCGUUUGAGGAAAUGGGUCUGUGCCUGAGCCCCACGGCAGCGGAGGCGAAGGAGAAAGCUUACGCCAAGCGCGCUAAAAAAAGAGCUCCGCAGAUGGACUGGAACAAGAAACACGAGAUUUUCAGCAAUUUCUGAAUCGUGAAAAGACACGCGAACAUAAACACGCACUUGCUGAUGUGUGAUGCCCUGGACACCCGACUGCUUUUGACGGAAAAGACUAUUUUUGUAGAAAAGAGAAAACUUUCAUCAUAAAAAGAACAAUUCACCAGUGGAGAAGACAUGAGCUACGCUAUAUCUUUAAACAACAUAUGAAAAAGCAAAACCUGGCCUGUCUUCCUCAUUUUGUUUUCAUUCAUUUGACUUAAAAAUCGUGCAUUAACAAUAACGCCAAAAAAUUUACAUUUGGAUUACGAUACUUGGACAAACCAAACCGUUUGGACGCUGUUAGGUCAAUGGGACACAAUCCAAUAUUCCAUAUAGAAUGACCAAUUGAAUGAAGCUUUUUUAUGUUGUAGGUUUUAUGAAUCAUUACUUAUGAAGGAAUCUUUGCCAAAGACACAAGCCGAUCUGCCCAUGUUUUAGCCCUAAGGAUUGUUUUAUUCGAAGCGAUCAAGGGAAGUACCACUCGUAUAGUGCUGUGGAAUUAUUGAGCUUUCAGAAAGGAAGAAAACUGGAAAAACAAGCAAGACGGUUCACUUCUUCAACACUAGAGGGCGCUGUUGGUGGACUUUUGCUCUUCGUUGUGACAGAAGCGCAUGGAUGGAGUUUAGCAGAUUUUUAUCGCAACCAACAGAGGGACCCAAACCGUUGACAGUGCUAUAAAACUGGGAUUUAUGAGAUGAAAGAGGGGUUAUGAAGUUAUACCCAGUGUGAGAUGUGUUGAAAACCUGACAGACAGUUAGCAUGCUAGAAAAGUGGAAUCAAAAGCAAUCAAACUCAUUGUAAAACAAAAAUGCAUCUACACAUGCACAAGUUAUAGAUGUUGGAAAAAGUAUUGAUGCUGUGAGAAUGAAUUAGAUGUACACAAUACACAACCCACUCAUCUCAUGAAUGUUUAACACGGGUCGAUUGAAUAAGACCACCACUUAGUAUCUGACCCCCCUAUUGGUGGAGUCCAAAAAUCAAGGUCAAUAAUGCAGACAAUCCGAGUGCUAUAUACAUUUACAGCACGCAUUAUGUGAUAUGUUAACAUUAGCAUUACUUUCAUUUCCCUAAAUAAUUCAUGAUACAUUCCAUGUUUGUAAUGUAGUAUUAAUGUAGUCAAGUAGUUUUUGUUUCAGCGUUUCCUUUUCGUUCCCCCGGUGCUGACAUUGAGCACAAUGGGAAAUCAUUUACUAUCAGAAUAUAUGAGUAUUAUUUUUAUCAAUAAAGUGUGAU